AUGGAGGAUGAGGAGGUGGAGGUGGGCUGUGAAGAAGCCUAUUCUCUCAUACCAAAUCCAUUACAAUGCUUCACAAAACUAAUACUCUUCCAAGCAGACUUGAUAUACAACUCCUUGACCACUCUCUUCUCACCUAUCUCUUGCUUUCUCUCCAUUCUCCACGAGUCCUAUCACCGAGCUGAGGAGACCAAAGACACUGUGGAAUCCACAAUCCACAAAAUCCCCUCCACCAUCACCCAUGGUAGCACCCUCUUGUUGAAGAUGCUGAGUUUGGGCUUCCUUGGAGCUGCAUACGUAUGCAAGGUUUUGAUGGUAGUGUUGGUCCUAGCUGUUGUUUUGGGUGUUGGGUUGUUGCAACUGUGGGUGGACCAACCUGUUUUUGUGAGGGAGAGCUUGUAUUUUGACUAUACUGAGCCUCAUCCUAAGGCUGUUUUUCAUUUUUGUAAUGUUGGGGCUGAAAGGAAUAACCGGAGGCAGAAACCGAUGGGUGUUCCAAUAGGGCACACAUUUCAUGUUACUUUGAUGCUUUUGAUGCCUGAAUCUGACUUCAACAGAGACAUUGGGGUGUUUCAGUUGACUGCAGAACUGUUAUCAGUCAAUGGAGCUGUGAUUGCAAAAUCUAGCCAGCCAUGCAUGUUGAAGUUUAGAAGCAUCCCAAUUCGACUCACUCGGACAUUUCUUAUGGGCAUUCCUCUUUUGAUUGGAAUUUCUCAAGAGACCCAAAUGAUAAGCAUUGAAAUGUUAAAGCACAAGGAAGGCACGCGAAGAACUGAGGUCAUCAGAGUAAGUUUGGUUCCAAGGGCUAGAACUUUAUCUCCGCCCCAGUUGUAUGAAGCUGAAAUCCUCAUCCACUCUCAGCUGCCUUGGACAAAACAAUUGGUAUCCAACUGGAAAUGGACAUUAUACGUGUGGACGUCUUUAUAUAUUUACAUAAUUUUACUUAUAGUUAUGGUCUGUUUCUGUAAACCACUCAUCUUCCCAAUGACAACUGCAGCAAGUUUCCGUGGUGACUGUAGUGAGAGGGAAUUGAUGACCGAAGAACCUGCAGAGGCACUAACCCAAGCUAGAGAUGAAAGAGAGGUCUCAGAGUUAUUGAGAAAAUGGAAAAGAAGGAGCAAAAGAAAGGCAAUCUAUUUGCAUGAGGCCAUGAGAGAAACUGUUGGCUCAUCCACAUCAAGCAUGAGUGUAACCAGAGAAGACACUAGUACGGUUGUUGAGGAAGAUACUGUGGACUCAGAAUCAGUGUGUUUAGGAGGUUGAGUAGUUAGGGCUAAAAGAUUGUACGG